AUGAAGAAUCCUAUAAAAAAUCUCGAUAGCCCUGAAUUGUCCAUCACAUUGGAAAUUUCGGGUAUGAAGAGGAACAUGCUCAUCAUCUCAUUUGUAUGGAGUAUUCGACUUACGCUGUGUAUGGAACACGAACUAGUGAGUGACGUUAUAGAUGCAUUGCAGUAUGCCUAUACUAAAGGAGAUAUUCAGAAGAAGAUCAACAGGAGAAUGAUGCGUGGAGGAGAUGAAAAACUGCACAAUGUUUCUGCCUGUCAUUUACCGAAAUCUAGACAAAUUAUACAAAAAAGAUAUCAAUAAACAAUUU